AUGGAUAACGAAGACCAAGAAAAGAGAACAGCACAGCGCAAGCCGUUCUGGCGCAACCAAUGGUUCUACAUGGGCUUCGGCUUCCUCAUCAUCGCCGCCGUCGUCCUCGGCAUGGGCAUCGGGCUCAGGAACUACCAGAACUCAGACGCGUCCUCUGCCUCUUCCUCGUCCGGCAGUGGGAGCAGCGGCAGCUCGACGACAUCCUCCGCGAGCUCACCUACCGCUACUCUCUCUGACGACUGGCGACUCGACACAUCGACUGCCUACGCGGUCAGCACGGACUGGGACUCUAGUGAAGAACCCAAGACGCGGGAGUUCAACCUGACAAUCUCCGAGGUCGUGGGCUGGCCGGACGGAUACAACCGCACGCUCACAGUGAUCAACGGGCAGUUCCCCGGCCCGCUGAUCGAAGUCAACGCGGGCGACCGGCUGAUUGUGAACGUCAAGAACGAGGGCGAGAACGCGACGACGAUGCAUUUCCACGGCUUGUUCCAGAACGGGACGAAUUUCAUGGACGGCGUGCACGGCAUCACGCAGUGUCCGAUCCCCGCCGGCAGCUCGUUCACGUACAACUUUACGAUCGCGGACGACCAGUACGGCACAUACUGGUACCACUCGCACUACGGCACGCAGUACGCGGACGGCGUGUACGGUCCGCUGGUGAUUCACUCGCCGCUCGAGGAUGAUAUGAUCGGCGACCUCUACGACUACGACCAGGUCGUGCUCAUCCAGGACUGGUACCAUGGCAUCGCGUCCGGGUACUUGGAAGCCUACCUUGCGUCCAACAACGAAAACACCGAGCCGACGCCCGACAGCGGGCUCAUCAACGGCGCAAACUACUUCAACUGCUCGCUCACGCCGGACGAUACGUGCUACCAGUCCGAGGCCAAGCGCGAGGUGUUUAACUUUGAGCGCGACGUCACGUACCGGCUGCGGGUGAUUAAUGUCGGGUCGUUUGCAGAGAUUGAUUUCUCUGUGGAUUCGCACGAGCUGACGCUGGUGGAAGCCGACGGCACGACGAUCUCCCCCUCCGCAUACCACAAAGUGCGCAUCUCGGUCGCGCAGCGGUACUCGCUGCUGAUGACGACGAACGUGACAGACACAAAGUCGACGAACGAAACGUUCUGGAUGCGCGCCGAGCUCAACCGGUUCUGCUUUUCAGAGUCCAAUCCGAUUCUGGACGUCGGCGUGCGCGCGGCGGUGAAGUACACGGACGAGAGCGACUCGGAGGCGCGCGUGCGGUUCCAGGGCAAGUCUGCCGUGAUUUCGACGGCGACGGAUUCGUGGGACGACCGGGACGCGAAUAUCCGCUGUCUGGAUCUGGACAACAGUCUGAUUGAGCCGUACGAGACGCUGGAGGUGCCGAACGCGACGCAUUUCUACCGGGUGGACUCGAGUUUCCAGAUCGGGGCGUACCAGCUUGAUCUGGCGUACAUCAACGGCACGAGCUGGAAGCCGGCGAGCGUGCCGACGCUGUACUCUGCGUGGGAGCAGUUGAAUCCGAGCACGUCGUCGUCGGUGACGGAUAGCAACUCGAGCACGCUGCUGACGACGGAGGGCGCGCUGCCGCUGGGGGUGUAUGCGGGGAAUAAGCAGCAGUAUGUGGUGAAUGUGCCGGACUACGCGGUGGUGGAUCUGCUGAUCAACAACCUGGACGACGGCGCGCACCCGUUCCAUUUGCACGGGUACAAGUUCUGGGUGAUGGAGGCGGGGAGGGGGAAUUUCAAGUAUACGAAUUACGGGAAUUGGUCGUCGGACACGCCGGUGAAGCGGGAUACGUUGUCGGUGCAGGCGUAUGGGUGGGCGAUCGUGCGGUUUGUUGCGGAUAAUCCGGGGUUGUGGGCGUUCCAUUGUCAUAUCUCAUGGCAUCUGGAGGCGGGACUGAUGAUGCAAUUCCAGACGAUGGCGAGCCAGAUAGGCUCGUUAGAUCCCCCGCAGGCAUGGCAGGACCUGUGCAGUGCGUGA